CAACUGAGUCCAGCUCAAUAGCUGGUCCGUUCUCAGAGCAUGUUUCAGAUUUUCUGAAUCAAAGAAUGCCAGAUAAUAAUUAAGGCCUAAAACGGAUAGCACCACACUUUGCAGGCUGGAUCCGCAAUUUAUACCGUAGAAGAGUUCAAAUCGAGUGAUUUAUUUUUAGGUACUUGGGUACUACUUUCCGUGCCAUUUAUUUAUAAGGAAGUGAGGAACCCUUGAAUUUGAUCGCCACAUCGCUGUCCAAGAGAAAUGAAAACAGAGGUUUGCGUCCCAUGAAUUUGAAUCUUUGAUGAUGGUCCUCUAUCACUAAAGAGAACUUUGGGUGAUGGACGGUUGUUUGUGGGGCAUGCUUGAUUUGGACCUUGGUGUCUAUCUUUUGCUUCUGAUCAUGUCUAACUUGUCUACCCAUCGUCAAGAUGUUAUGUCCUUACUUCCCUAAUUCAAAAAUGUUAGCUCUAAAAGAUUUUAUAUUCAAAUCUUACAUCAUAAAGUAUUAUAAACCACAAUGAAAAUGAAUUUUAUCA